CAGGAAGUAGAAAUGAAGCAGAAGUGAAUCCGCGUGUAGGAGCUGCACUGCAUUUCAUGACACAGAUUUUUAAGACAUAUCCGAGCUGUCCACGGUGUCUGAAUCAGUGUCGAGUUUGUUUAAAGGCAUGUCGGUGUGUAAUGUCGUGAAGGAGUAAAUAAUAGGGCUUUGUGGGGUCUUGUGAUGGCGUAGUGGGACUGAGACUCCUGCGUUAGUUCUGGAACAUGUACUGGAAUGUUGGAGCCGAUGAAGACUCUGAAGACCAGCCUGCCUGCUGUGAUGUCGAGCAAGAUGGUGGUGCAGAGAUGGGAGCCAAGCAGUCGGCGGCGGGCAGUGCUGUCUUGUCCCAGUCGCCCACCCUAGAAAACAUCCGCGAGGCAUAUGGGCAAGGCGAAGAACGCAAGGCGCAUGAGCUGAUCCGGAUCGCCUGCCAGGAGAACAGCGGAGGACGAGCAGACACGAUGGAGCUCCUGUGUGCUGCCAGUCAGCAUGGAGACAUCGAGAGUGUUCGGUUCCUGUUGAAGGAAGCUCGGGUUCAGUUUUCUCAGGAACCCAAUGAAGGGAACCCAGCUAUCUUGGCUGCACAUUAUGGCCAUCACUCAGUGGUUCAAGAGCUGCUGGACUCCAUUCCAUUUCCCUGUAUCCGUAAAGAUCUGCUGAACUGGAUGCUGGCGACGGCAUGUCAGCAGGGCCAUUUAGAGGUGGUGAAACUGCUGGUUCUCAAUUAUCAGGCUGAUGCAGAGGACUGCGCCCUACACAGUGACGAGUUUGCAGUUAUUACUGGCCUGCCGCUGUAUGCUGCAGCCAGGGCAGGAAAUAAAGAGAUAGCAACGUUUUUGCUGGAGAAUGGAGCCGGCUUCUCUUCUUACACAUUGAUGGACCACAGCAAGUUCGCAGAGGAGCUGCUGAGAGAGCGCUUGGUGGAGGACAAAGAUACACACAGUGAUGGGAGGGUGCAGCAGCCUGUGAGUGUGCAGUGGUCAGGGUUAAAGCUGCCAUGGUUGGAGCUGGACUGGUUCCUGGAUGUUUCCUCCAGGAUCACAGUGCUGGAUGUGUCACACAAUGGCCUGAGCUCUCUGCCAUCUGUGGUGCCGUGGGGCCUCAUAAACCUGCGCACACUCAACCUCUCACACAACAAAAUCAAAGAGCUGCACACACCCCAGUCCUCUCAGGAGAUCAUCUGCAUCAGAUUACGCCAGGUUAAUCUGUGUGAGAAUGAGUUGGAGAGUCUCCCAGUUGGAUUUCUGCAUCUCGGCCAGAUCCAGAGAAUCUUCGCAGCCAAGAACAAACUCCGUGUCCUUUUCAGCAUCCCGAAUGGCACUAACUGGAUUGGGCUGCGCAGGCUUCAGGAGCUGGACGUGUCCGAUAACCACCUGAUUGAUCUCCCAUUCCGCGUGCUGCACUGUUUCAAGUCCCUCAACAGCCUCAAUAUCACCAAGAACAGGAUAAGCCAUUUCCCAGACCCUUGGGCAUGUCCUUUGAAUAUCUGCAAAGCUGCAUCCAACCAGAUCCAGAGUCUCCCUGACACGAUCUCCAUGUUCUGGAGGACUCACCUGAAGGAGGUGGACUUCUCGGAGAACGCCCUGAAGGAGCUGCCCUCUUACAUAUUUGAGCUUGAGGCCAUCGUCUCCCUGAAGCUAUGUGGGAAUCAGAUCACCACUCUGCCGCCUCCAAACAAAUGGAAAUGCUCACAGCUCCGAACCUUAGAUCUGUCCAGAAACCAGCUGGGGAAGAACAUCAGGACGGAGGAGAACACUAAGACCAGGAGGCUUCCUUUCUUAACCACGUGGCAUCGCAGAGACCCAGAACCAACUUGCCCCAUCGAGUUUCCCGAAAUCCUGCGGGAUUCACUGGAAGUUCUCUUCCUCAACGAUAACCAGCUGGAGUGUGUGCCUCCGUCUGUGUGCAGCCUUAAAACCCUGUCCGAGCUCUAUCUGUCCAAUAAUCCAGGCAUCCAGGAACUCCCAGCUGAACUGGGCCAGCUCUCAAACCUCUGGCAGCUGGACAUAGAAGAGCUAAACAUUAGCAAUGUGCCCGCAGAUGUCUGCAAAGAUGGUCCAGCGGCUGUACUGGCAUUCCUGCGUGCUGAACUGCGCUGUGCCGAGGCCUGCAGGUUGAUGAAACUGAUGCUUGUUGGGCCGCCGCGUCAGGGGAAGAGCACUCUACUGGAGGCCCUUCAGACCGGAAGAAAUUCUCCCUUCUCUCCAUCUAAUCAAAGCAUCCGCACCUCAUCCUGGCUCCUAGAGAGACCUAGUGGAGUCAAGAAUAAUAUCGACUCUGUGUCCUUUAACGUGUGGGACAUUGGAGGUCCAGCCAGCAUGUCCACUGUGAACCAGUGUUUCUUCACGGAUAAAGCUCUGUAUGUGGUGGUCUGGAACCUGGCGCUAGGAGAGGAGGCUGUGGCUAACCUGCAGUCCUGGCUGCUCAACAUAGAGGCACGUGCCCCAAAUUCAGCAGUACUUGUCAUCGGCACACAUCUGGAUCUCAUCGACAUGAAGUUUCGCACAGAACGAAUUGCCACGCUGAGAGCCUACAUCCUGGCGCUGUGCAGGACGCCGUCAGGUGCCAGAGCCAGUGGAUAUCCCGACAUCACCUGGAAGCACCUGCAUGAGGUGUCAUGUAAGAACCUGGAAGGCAUGGACAGUCUCAAGAGGCUCCUGUAUCAGGUGGCUUGCUCCAUGAAGGACAUCAGUAACCCAGCCAGCUGCCACAAACUGGUCGGAAGACUGAUCCCCAAGAGCUACCUGACCCUUCAGGAGGCCGUAUUAGCAGAGAGUCAGAGGAGAGAUGCAGAAGACGAGGUCCAGUAUCUGACGGAUCUGGAGCUGGAGCAGAUCAUUGAACAAAGCCCAGGCAGUGAUAUCAAAGACUACGAGGACCUCCAGACUGCAAUCAGUUUUUUAAUCGAGACGGGCACUGUGUUGCACUUCCCUGAUACGAGUCAUGGCCUGUGCAAGCUUUACUUCCUGGAUGCCGUAUGGCUAGCCGAAUGUUUAGAGCGGAUCGUGCAUUUGAAGAGCUCGCGCUCUGUGGCACGUAACGGCCUGAUCCGAACCGAGGACCUGCGCAUGCUCCUGAUUGGCACCGGCUUUACCCAGCACACUGAGGAGCAGUACUUCCAAUUCCUCGCCAAGUUUGAGAUCGCGCUGCCUGUCGCCAGCAACAGUUAUCUCCUGCCACACCUGUUGCCUCCCAAACCAGCCAUGGAUAUCCACGGUUUCCGCCAACAUACCAGCAACACUAUCCAGCGCCACUUUAAGAUGAGCUUCGUUCCAGCAGGAUUCUGGGAGCGCUUCAUCGCCCGCAUGCUGAUCAGCCUCAAUCAAAUGGACCUGCAGGCCUUAGAGACUAAGAAAGGCAUACGGAGCCUACGGAGCAGGAACACGGUGAUUUACAGCUUUGCGGGGAGACAGCAGAAGAACCGCUGCAGCACAUUCCGAGUGCGUCGCAGCCAGACCAUCUACUGGAAAGAAGGGCUGUUGGUCACCUUUGAUGGGGGAUACCUGAGUGUGGAGUCAUCGGACCUGAACUGGAAGAAAAAGAAGAGUGGUGGCAUCAAGAUUAUCUGUCAGUCAGAGACGAGAGACUUUUCAGCGAUGGCCUUCAUCACUGACCACGUUAAUGCUCUCAUAGAGCAGUGGUUUCCUGCAUUGACGGCAAGUGAGAGUGACGGAUCUCUGCUGAUCGAGCAGUACGCUCCCUGUCCUUAUUGCGCUGUAGUCUCACGCAACAUUGACUCGCUUCCUCAGACCAGCUCUAGCUCCACUACAGUUCACUACUUCAACAUGGAGGACUGUGUGCUUGCUGCUGCUGAGAAGGAGCAUAUCACCUGCCCCAAUCACCCCAAAGAACUCGUGCCCCUCCAGGAGCUCGUACCUGAGCUCUUCAUGACGGACUUCCCCUCACGGUUGUUCCUGGUGAAGAGUGACCUGGAGUGGAGUGAACAGGAAAAAGAUAUCCUCGGUCAGGGAGGCAGCGGCACCAUCAUCUACAAAGCCAAGUACAGAGGCCAGCCCGUGGCCAUCAAACGCUUCCCCUUUAAGAAAUGCAGACAGCUGACACUCAACAGAGGCACAGACACCAUGCUGAAGCACCUGCAGUCUCUGGACGCUUCCAGAAGCUUCUCCGAGUUCCGACAGGAGGCUAGCAUGUUACACACCCUGCAGCACCCCUGCAUCGUGGCCUUGCUGGGCAUCAGCAUCCAUCCACUGUGUUUUGCCCUACAGCUGGCACCACUUGGGAGUCUUAACACCGUGCUGGAGGAACGUAGCAAAGGCUCCUCCUUCAUGCCCCUGGGCCACAUGCUGACCUUCAAAGCUGCCUAUCAGGUUGCUGCAGGCUUGGCCUACCUUCACAGGAAGAACAUAAUCUUCUGUGAUCUCAAGUCGGACAACAUCCUCGUGUGGUCACUGCAGGUGAAGGACUCGGUCAAUGUCAAGCUAUCCGACUAUGGCAUAUCCCGCCUUUCUUUCCAUGAGGGAGCUCUGGGAGUGGAGGGAACACCAGGAUAUCAGGCCCCUGAGAUCCGCCCAGGCAUAGUCUAUGAUGAGAAGGUGGACAUGUUCUCUUAUGGGAUGGUCCUGUUUGAGCUGUUGUCUGGCCGCCGACCAUCGUUGGGUCAUCACCAGUUGCAGAUAGCAAAAAAACUUUCCAAGGGUAUCCGGCCUGUUCUGGGAAUCCCAGAGGAAGUGCAGUUCUAUUGCCUGCAGGCUUUGAUGCAGGAAUGCUGGGAGACCAAACCAGAGAAGCGUCCUCUCGCCAUGCCUAUCCUGAGACAGAUGCAGGAGCCGAGUUUCGCCUGUCUGAGGUACCUGUUGCCCUGCGAGCAGCACAGUCAGCUCUUCCUCUCCUCACUGCAGGGCUACAGCGCCGUCUUCUGGGAUGGAGAAAAAGACACCAGGAACUACACGGUGGUGAACGCAGCCAAAGGUCAGGUAGAGGUGAAGCGAAUGCCGUGCCCAGGAUCACGCCUCAGCUGUCAGCUGAAGAUGGAGAACACCCUGUGGACCGCCACCGAGGAGCAAGAGGUCUUUAUCUACAGCCUGAAAGAGAUGUGUCCUCUGAGUCACCCGCAAAAACUGCUCUCUUGUCCAGCCGUGGUCACGUGCCUCACGAUGCUGCCAGCCAGGUCAGAGUCCCUUCCACAGGUUUUCGCUGGCAUGGCAGAUGGCCUGAUCACUGUGUACAGUCUAGUGGAUGACUUGCCAUUGGAAGGCGAGGCCUACGUGUGUUCUCACACUGUGAACAAGACCCUGUUGGGGAUGGAGGAUUUGGACCCUCGCCAAAACCCAUACCCUGUAAAGAGCAUUGUGCCUGUACGCUCUGGCACUGAGGUGUGGUAUACUAACGGGCCUGGUGUGCUCGUGAUCGACAGCCUUACACUGCAGCCCAUUCGCCGCCUCGACCCUUACCUCGUGCCCUCCCGCGUGGUCUCCAUGGCGUCCGCCCCGAGUUUUCAAGGUGAUGAGGCUGUUUGGUGUCUGGAUGACCACACUAACACUCUGCUGAUGUACCACGUCGGUAGUUACCAGCUCUGCGCCAGUUACAGCUGUGGUGAUCAGCACCCAUUCCGGGAUGUUUUCCCUAUCCAGAAUCCAACAGGAGUUACAGAUGUCACUUUGGAUACUGAGGUAGAGACAGAGGAAGAGAAACCAGUCCCACUCGAGCUUAAACCCGCUGUCACAGUAAUCCACAGCAAGGAUGCUGGCACACAAAUCCUCAACCAGCAGGACUCUGUAGAUUACUGCUCCAUCAGCUCCCCAGAUUUCAGCUCAGAACAGCUGGCAGGACUCGCAAACAUUGAGGGUUCCAGCUCAGGGGCCCUCAGCUCCCUAGCCAGCUCCAGCAGCAUGCCCUUCUCCACAGACUGUGAGGAUGCAGAUAGAGCUCAGGAUGAGCAGAUCUCAGAGGAGUCUUCACCUUUAGGAAGCACGGAUCCAACACCAUGGAGUCGAACUCUUCCCCACCUUCAGGCUCUUAACGUGGUUCCAGUCAACAACACAAUCUGGAUACCCAGGUGCGGAGGGGACAUAAUGGUGAUCGAGGUGCAGGAACAGUCAGGGCUGCUCAGAGGUCGUGUGAUUGCUGUACUGACCGUCCCAGGAGUACAACAAUACGGGGCCCUGGUGGAAGCUGCGCUGGUUGCAAAGGACACUGUUGUAUGUGGCUUUCGUAAUGAAAACAUGGCCUGGUGCCUGGCUGUCUGGAGGGGCUGGGGAGGCCACGAGCUCGAGCUCUUCUACCAGUCCUAUGAGGAGCUUGGCCGUUUGGAGACCAACAUGAGGAAAAGAAGGUAGCUGUGUGUAAGCGUGAGCGUGUGUGCACUGCAGAGCAGAAUCGCAGCACUGUGUGGUUAAAGCUGACUUUAGGGAAUACACACAUAUGUAAAGGUAAAAGGACUCAACUAUGGGCAAUGAGUGGACCUGUGCACUAGAUACUACACACGUACACAAGCCUCGGAUUGAGAGGAUAUACUGGAGACAUGGAUUCGGAGGCCUCGAUAUGCAAACAGACACAACAUACACAGUUGCCAUAUGAGCUUACAUACACAUCGUCUAUACAUUUUUGGACUGUAUCUCCAAACACACACACACACCAUUAUACUGGCGGAAUCAGAGACAUUAGUGAAGAGAACUGACAUCAGUGCUAUGUUCAUGACAGGGAAGCUACAUUAACGCCAGCACUGGGAGUGUGUGUGUGUGUGUGUGUAGCACAGCAAAUUAAUCAGCAAACCAAGAGACCUGAGACUAGAGCGCUCCUUUAACAGCAGCUCAGCUGUAUUGGAUGUGUCUCUGACUGAGGGCCAAGUUAGUAUUUGUACUUCAAAUUAUGACCAGCAAUAAGCAGUCCUGAUUUAACCUUGUCUUCCCCAGAGCAACUUCUUUAUACACUGAAGCCAAGCUAGUGGCCAGCGGCUAGCCAGUAGUAAUGGACUAUGGGAUUUAAUCUGAACUCGAAGUGAGUUCACAGAUUUUAGAAUGAUUUGGUGGAAAAUGACCUUUGCAGGUUUUUCUUCUUAUCGCGAAUAUAAUCGAUCGUCCAAGCCAUGAUUAGUGUCCGACAUUUUCUUUUUUAGUUUUGCACAGGAGCAAUGAGGCUAUUGGAGGUAAGAAGUAAUAAAAUCUAUCUUGCCCAAAAUCUUUUUACAAAGUAAAUAUUUGCAGCAUCCAUCAAACCACAUGCAGCUCUUAGGGAAAUCACAGAGACUUUUGAACGUAGUUUGGGACACAAUACAACUUUCAUCCAAGGCAAUCAGGGUUGCACUUGGUGCAAUUUGGUACUAUUUAAAUUCGUAAGGUUUACGAUUAAAAUCGUAAGGCCCAGCCUUCCAGGGUUUGAAAGUGCAAUUGUUCUGGAAAGUUCGUGAUCAAGAAGAAGCCUUUAUUUGUCACAUGUACACAAGCACAGCAAAAUUCCUCCUCUACAUUUAACCCAUCUGAAACAGUAAACACACACACACACACACAAGUGAGCAAUGAGCGCACACACAUACCCCGAGCAGUAGGCAGCUAUGCUACAGCACCCAGGGAUCAGUUGGGGGUUAGGUGCCUUGCUCAAAGGCACUUCAGCCAUUAUACAGAGGAAAGAGUAAGUGCUGUUCAUUUACUCAACUCCCUUCACAUUUUUCCUGCUGGUUCCGGGAAUCAAACUGGCGACCCUUUGGGUCCAAGGCUGCUUCGCUAAUCUUCAGGCCAUGGCUGCCCCCAUGAUAAUAUAUACACACUGGUGACAAAUUAUCAGUUUGUAAAUGUUAUUUUACAAAAUCUUUUAUUCAAAAGUGAGAUUAUGUAUCGUAACAAUGUCACAGUUUUUGAAGCAAAGCUCUGGACAUGGUGCACAUGUUACAGAAACGAUAGCUAUAUUAGAGCUCCAGUGCAAAACUGAAAAAAAAAAAAAGCAGAUGUUGAACCCUAAACAUGACUUAACUGAUUUACUACAUUUGGAUUAGAAAAUCACAUACAUUCUUUUGUGAAAUCAUUCUUUGAAUACCUCUACACUAGCAGAAAUACCAGCAUGUUAGCUUUUACUAUUGUAAAUAUGUAACAGAAUUUUUGUAAACAAUUGACUGUAUGGUAUUUAUUAUGGUCUAUACAUCUGCAUGUGUAAAUAGAUUGUUACUGUAUUGUAAAUUUGAAUAAAACCGAGCUGACUCCUA